AUGACGGCUGCCAACACUACCGAGUGGUCAGCUGAGACAGUGUUGGGACACUUGAAACAACCAGCUGCCUCGCGCUGGAGACGACUCUUUGGAGCAAAGUCCAACGAAGAGCCUCAGUUGGGCGAGGAGCAGACAUAUCGGUCCAAAUCCACAUUGGGAAUCUUGAGUGAUAAAGAAACAGACGAAGUUCCUGUUGCCGGCAUGGUUCAGGAACGGAUUCCAACGCAGAAGAGAACUGCGGAUGGACAAUUUGUGCUUGAUCCCCAACCCGAUGACUCAGUGAAUGAUCCAUUGAAUUGGCCUGUAUGGCAGCGUGACACCGCAUUGUUCUCACUAGGGUUCUACUGUCUGAUGGGAGGCGGUAUGACCCCCAUUCUGGCGGCUGGGUUUAACAAUGUUGCCGCUGCAUACAAUGUCAGCACACAGCAGGUGGCGUUCACGACCGGAUUCUAUAUGCUUGGCCUGGGCCUAGGGUCUGUCGUAGUUUCACCCACAGCCAUUUUAUACGGGAAACGACCCAUUUAUCUCCUGGGAGCUACCCUGUUCGCAAUCUCAGCAGUUUGGUGCGCUCUGUCGCCGAAUUACCCAAGUCUCGUUGUUGCUCGCAUUUUUCAAGGAUUCGCUGUGAGUCCCGUCGAAUGUCUUCCAUCUGCCACUAUUGCAGAAAUCUAUUUUUUGCAUGAACGAGCAUACCGGGUGGGAAUUUAUACACUCCUGCUACUCGGCGGAAAGAAUCUCAUCCCUCUAGUGAGCGCCGCCAUCAUCGAAGGUCUGAGCUGGCGGUGGGUGUUCUGGAUCGUCGCUAUCAUUGUUGGUGCAUGUCUAGUCUUGCUCUUUUUCUUCGUGCCAGAAACAUUCUGGGAUCGCACCCCCCGUCCUCGUGUCCAUAAGCCAAAACGCCCGCGCGCCCCAGGUCGCAGUGUUUCGGACCUCGUUUCCCACGGUUUCCGCGGGCGGCGCUUACAUGCCCAGCUACCAAGCGAGUCUGUCGAGCAGACCCAGCCAGAUCCCACCCCAGCACCGAAAAAAUCCAAACAAGCUCAUGUUGGAUUUGCCGAUGAUGAGCCAGAAGACGGCCAUCAAGUAGGCGAUACUGAAAAGUCAAAUCUGCAUUCUCCAGCGGAUAAUGUCACCAAUGGCGAUCAAAUGAUCAUCCAACCUGUUGCUACUUCCAAUGAGAAAGGCAGUGAUUUGCUCCAGCCAACCUCUCACGCUCUUGUGCCUGGUGCGCAUCCAGAUGAUCUGGAGGCAGCUAGAUCAGCGGCGGUCUCACCUGCGAGAACCGAGUCCCUAGAGCCUGCUGGAACACCAGUGACUGGAACCCUUCAAUAUACAAACAGACUCCGUGAGCGUCCGAAGAUUCCAUACUCUCAACUACUGAAGGUCUGGAAUGGGCGGAUCGCUCAAGACAGCUGGCUACGCGUCGCCGCGCGACCAUUCGUUCUAUUCGCCUAUCCCGCUGUCCUUUGGUCAACAGUUGUAUACGCAUUAUCAGUUGGCUGGCUGAUCGUGCUCUCCGAGUCGGUUGCGCACAUCUUUGAAAACAAAGAGCACUAUAAUUUCACCGCAUUACAGAUUGGACUGGUCUAUAUAUCGCCAUUUGUUGGCGGUCUUUUGGGCACUGCCGUAGCAGGCAAAGUAUCUGAUAUCAUUACACGCUUCAUGACCAGACGCAAUGGUGGCAUCUACGAGCCUGAAUUCCGUCUUGUGAUGGCAAUUCCCAUCGCACUGUCGACUGUCAUUGGUUUGAUGGCUUUUGGUUGGAGUGCCGAAAUCGGCGAUUCUUGGAUUGUGCCAACCAUCUUCUUUGGGUUGAUCUCAUUCGGUUGCUGCUUGGGCAGCACUACAGCCAUCACCUUUUGUGUCGAUAGCUAUCGCCAGUAUGCCGGCGAGGCGCUUGUGACACUGAAUUUCAGCAAGAAUAUCCUUCACGGACUGGUGUUCUCACUGUUCAUCGUUGAUUGGCUCAAUUCCGAUGGCUCACGCACUGUGUUCCUAGCCAUUGGUGGUAUCCAGCUUUUCUUUAUGCUCAUGUCGAUUCCUAUGUACAUUUACGGCAAACGAGCGCGCAUGUGGACGGUGCGCAAGCGGCUGAUGGAACGCCUCUAA